AUGCGCAUGGCGAUUCAGGCCAGCGCAGUCUCUAGACAAUGGAGGCACCUCCUUCAUCAGCGCUCUCGUCUGCUCAUGAACGUGGGCGACUUUCGCAACUCCAAGCGCACGGUGGAUCAGGUAAUGGCCACCUACACUGACGCGACAUUGAAAUUGCUGUCUCCUCUGACGUGCAAAUGUCGUCGUACCAUCAAGACCCUGCAGCUCAGCUUCUACCUAACAGAGCCUUACAUAUCCUCUAUUGGCCAUGCGGUUGGUGACGUCGUGAAGAGUGGCAUAACUGAACACCUUGAGUUCGCAAUAUAUGCUGAGAUUUGGGUUAAACCUGAAAAUCCAGAGCAGCUCUCUCCUAUAUUCGGCAAAUUGAGAGAUGUGGAUCUUUGCAAUAUUUUUGCUGAGUGCGAUCUGAGUUGGAUUCUUUUUAUCCUUGAAGCCGCACCUUCCCUGGAGAAGUUUUAUUCAUCUCGGCAUCCAUGUGAACUCAACAAGUCUGAGGACAGUGCUGAGAGGACCAACUUGGUAUGGCAAACAUUCAAUUUCAAGCACUUGAACUUAAAGCUGCUGGUGAUACAAGGGUUUGAGGAGGAAGACAUGGUAAUGAAUUAUAUAAGGCUCGUCAUGGAACGAGCUGUGGGUUUGAAGAGAAUUGAGUUGCAUGAUAAAAGGCAAUGCAGUAAGUGUAAUGCUUUAAAUUUGGGGUCAAAAUUUCCCUCGGAUGAAGCCAGCAAGGAAUGGAUUAGGCAGCAACUCACUUAUAGUUUCUCCUCAUCCAUAGAGAUAGUUUUCAAGGAAUAG